GAGAAGAGCAAAGGAGGUAAGUGGAGUGUAGGACAUGUUGAAUUUGAGGUGACUAACAUAUCUGGGUGGACUUGCCUGUAAACAGUUUCACUUAUGCUUUGGAGGCCAGGUAUAAGGUCUGACAUAAAGUAGCCUUCUGAAAGAGGACAUGUGAUUGGAAGUUGUCAAUUUUUGAAGUGUUGGUGACUCCGGUUUCUAAAGUUUUAGAAAAACACAACAAGCGAUUCUGUACCCUGUCAAGGUGAACCACUGAGUUCUUCAUUAUGUCUGAUGGAGAUUAUGAUUACCUCAUCAAGUUUUUAGCUUUGGGAGACUCUGGAGUAGGGAAGACCAGUGUACUUUACCAGUACACAGAUGGCAAGUUUAAUUCCAAAUUUAUCACAACUGUGGGCAUUGACUUCAGGGAAAAAAGAGUGGUAUACAGAGCCAAUGGGCCAGAUGGAGCCAUUGGCAGAGGCCAGAGAAUCCACCUGCAGUUAUGGGACACAGCAGGGCAGGAGAGGUUUCGCAGCUUGACAACAGCUUUCUUCAGAGAUGCCAUGGGUUUCCUUCUGCUAUUUGAUCUGACAAAUGAACAAAGUUUCCUCAAUGUCAGGAACUGGAUAAGUCAGCUACAAAUGCAUGCAUAUUGUGAAAACCCAGAUAUAGUGUUAUGUGGAAAUAAGAGUGACCUGGAAGACCAGAGAGUAGUAAAAGAAGAAGAUGCCAGAGGACUUGCAGAGAAAUAUGGAAUCCCCUACUUUGAAACGAGUGCUGCCAAUGGGACAAACAUAAGCCAAGCAAUUGAGAUGCUUCUGGACCUGAUAAUGAAGCGAAUGGAACGGUGUGUGGACAAGUCCUGGAUUCCUGAAGGAGUGGUGCGGUCCAAUGGUCACACCUCUAUGGAUCAGCUCAGUGAAGAAAAGGAGAAGGGGGGAUGUGGCUGCUGAGAAGUCAAGUAAGCGACAUAGUAGUUCAGGUGGCCCAUGCCUGGGAUCUUCUCUAUGAUUGAUACAUGGCACAGUGAGAGAUUAAUAGGCAUUGUGUAUAGACUGCUUCUCACCAUCCCCACUAGACCUACCAAUAAAGCAUCCAGUUUGAAACUUAA